AUGAAUCGCCUCAACCAAUCCUGUGCGGAAACAGAACCGAACGAUCCAAACUACACAGAACAGUGGAGUCUAACUGUCCUAAAUAUGCUACAAGCAUGGGAUAUAGAACAGGGAAAACCACAAGUAACAGUGGCGGUCAUUGAUAGCGGGAUUACGACUCGACACCCUGAAUUUCGCUCGCAACUUUGGGAAAACGUCGGUGAAAUUCCGAGAAAUGGCAUUGACGAUGACGGAAACGGCUACGUUGACGACAGAAACGGAUGGGAUUUCAGCGACGCACCGACCCUUCCCGGCAGCGGCGAUUGGACAGUUCGCGAUAACGACCCCGAGGAUGAAACAGGACACGGGACACACGUCUCCGGUAUCAUCGCUGCGAAAAGUGAACAACGGACUUGGCAUCGCGGGGAUCGCGCCGAACUGCCGUUUGAUGCCUGUUAG